CCCUGCCUGUGGCAGGGGCUUGGAACUGGAGGAGCAUUAAGGUCCCUUUCAACCCAGACCAGUCUGGGAUUCUGUUAAUCACCAGUCCUUGUAAACCAUCGUUAUCUUGCCACACAUUCACCUUUGGCUCCUCUUUCACUGCUGCUGGUUUCUGAAUGGAAGCUACUCACAGCUUGCAGGUUUAACAAAAGUGCUCUGCACAGAUGAGCUGGGGUUUGGUUUGCCUGAGAAAGUAACUGGGGUAAAGAGAAUCCCUCUGAUGGAUUGGAAGCCCCCACUGCUGAGUAGUAAGAGGACUGUGUUUUGGGGCAGGAAUAUAGAGUAAUUGAGAUGGUAUUGAUGUGGUACAGAGCAUCCAUGCCUGCAGGGGAGAAUGCAGUGUGAAGUGCUGAAACUGGUGAAAAUCAUCUCAAAAACAGUGCCAGGAGUGAUGUCGGGUCUCAUUUAAGAGGAAGACCCACUAGGGAAGUACCUAUUAAAAGUGAAAAUUUAUGGUAAGCGCCUUCCUUCUCAUGUGAGCAGAAGAAAACAUCCAGAAUAGGUAGAAAUCGGGAGCAUCUGAUUUCUCUGUAAGGAAGGGGAGGGCAGCAUGGGGCUUGAUCUUUGGAUGGAACAGGGGAGAACAGGUCCAGCCCUGGUUUGCCGGAGGUGAGGCUUUGCUUCUGAAGUUUUAAAGGGGGUGCUGAGAACCCCUCCUUAGGAGAGGCUGAUGCAGGCCCAUGGGCAACAGGUAAGAAAGGCUGUAGAAGUAUAAUGGUAGUAAGGGGUGAGCCUCGAUGAGGGUUGGACUAAGCUUAACCCAUUCCAUACCCAUGACAGUGCGUGUGUUUAGAGAAAGGUUUCGUAAAGCUUAAGUUUUUCUGUAGAAGGUCUGAGACUGCUGGUUUGAUGGUUGUUUUCUUCAAGGACUCCUCCAUUUCUCUAAACUGCCUGGGUUUAGUUUGGGAGGUGCGUGGUUUGGGUCCCCAGUGUGUGUAUUUUCUGCCUAACAGACGUAAUGGUUUAAUUCCUUAGGCUGAUAGAAGCUGGAUCACGGAGUCAGCUCCUGUUUUUACCCGCAGUCAAUGACUAGUUCCCUCCAUGCCUCACUUCAGACCCAGUGCAAUGUCUGUUUUUCGUUAAUGCUUUCUGUUCAUUUAAAGAGCCUUUUUAUUCUUUCAGAUCUGUUUUUAUGGAGCAGGCUGCAAGUCUGGCUUUACACCUUUACCAUUUCUGCUACAUCCAUAGCUCUCAAGUCUGCAUACAUGUUUUAGCCUCUUUGUUGAAUGCGAGUGUUGAUUGUCAGUUGUGUUAGUCAUAAGCUGUAAGUCAUUUACCCUUCUUUUCUUUUUAAUCUUUACUUUGUUAGAUACAUGGACGUAGAUGGUUUUGUUUUGUUAAUUUUCACACCACAUCUUUUCUGUACUUCAGGUUGACUCCUCACUGCACUGUGAAAGCCAUUAGGAAAAGGUCCUUGGGGUUAAAACCUGGGGCUCCACAGUGUUACCUGCACUUGGGGCUAGAAAUUAAUUUAAAUGGCGACUGAUCUGUCUGAAGCUGAACCCGUGCAUCAUAAGGCGCUUCCACUCUUAACGGGAGCUCAGCUCAUCCACACGGACAAGUUAAGUGAGAAGGUUGAAGACGACACAAUGCCCAUCCGCCGCUCCGUGAAUUCUUCUCCCAGGGAAACCCCUCCCAAAAGCAAACCUGCUGAAGGCGAAGAGGUCAAAGCAGAUGCAGAAGUCACCUCUGAGGAAUCUGCCUCUGUUGGAGAAGAACAAGAGAAUGAAACCCUGCCUGCUGCAUCCAGUGAACCAGAACAGCCAAAGGAACCUGAGACUGAAGGGAAGGGGGAAACCAAGCCCUCAGAAGAAACCAAAAAGGAUGAGAAGGAUCAGUCUAAGGAGAAGGAGAAGAAGGUGAAGAAGACCAUUCCUGCCUGGGCUACUCUUUCUGCUAGCCAGCUAGCUAGAGCACAGAAGCAGACUCAGAUGGCUGCCACCUCACGUCCCAAAAUGGAUGCUAUUUUAACUGAGGCUAUCAGGGCAUGCUUUCAAAAGAGUGGUGCAUCCGUCGUUGCAAUACGCAAAUACAUCAUCCACAAGUACCCUUCCCUGGAGCUGGAGAGGAGAGGCUAUCUGCUAAAGCAAGCCUUGAAAAGGGAGUUGGAGAGAGGAAUCAUUAGGCAGGUGAAAGGAAAAGGAGCUUCUGGGAGCUUUGUGGUGGUGGCUAGUGCAGGAAAAUCUGUUCCAAAAGCCAGAGACAGAAAGAAAAGCACUUCCACUUCGGCUGCAGAGCAACAAGUCAAGCUGGAAGAUAUCCUGCCACUGGCUUUCACCCGCCUUUGUGAGCCGAAGGAAGCUUCUUACAGCCUCAUCAAGAAAUAUGUGUCUCAGUAUUACCCCAAACUCAAAGUAGAUAUAAGGCCCCAGCUGUUGAAGAAUGCCCUGCAGAGAGCUGUAGAGAAGGGGCAGUUAGAGCAGAUCACAGGGAAGGGAGCGUCUGGGACAUUCCAGCUGAAGAAAUCAGGGGAGAAGCCCCUGCUGGGUGGGACUCUGAUGGAAGACGCCAUCCUGUCUGCUAUUGCGGCCAUGAACGAACCGAAGACCUGCUCCACCACAGCCCUCAAGAAGUAUAUCCUGGAAAACCACCCAGGGACCAACUCCAACCUCCAGGUGCAUCUACUGAAGAGAACCCUGCAGAAAUGUGAGAAAAAUGGCUGGAUGGAGCAAAUUUCUGGAAAGGGCUUCAGUGGAACCUUUCAGCUUUGCUUCCCUUAUUAUCCUAGCCCAGAUGUGCUCUACCCAGAGAAGCAGCAGGAUGAGGACUCUGAGGAAUCUGAUGAGGAAGAAGAGGAGGAAUCUGAGGAGGAAGAAGAAUCUGAAGAGGAAGAGUCUGAGGAGGAAGAGUCACCACCAAAGAAGAGGAUGCAGAAGAGGCCACCCCCAAAAUCACGGAGCAGGGCCCCUCCGAUGAAGCGAAGAGAGUCCAAACCCAAACCAAGGAAAACCCCCGCCGCCAGCCGGGGCAAAGCAAAGCCCCCCCCCAAGGUUAAAACCCCUGCUAAGAAAGCCAAACCAGCAGCCCCAGCCAUCAAGAAACCCUCUGGUGGCAGCUCUUCUAAGAAACCAGCAGCCAGCGGGAGGAAGGAGGUGAAACCCUCUGCCAAGGGCAAGUCCACCAUGAGGAAAUCUCUCCGGGCAAAAAAGUAAAACCUUUGCAGUGUCAGGGAAUGCCAUGGUCAAAUCCACAAUCUUGUUUUCUAAGUCAAACAUGCAUUUGUAUUUUAGUUCCGAUGCUUCAACACUUCUUUUAAGGGGGUUUUUGUUUGGUUUUUUUUUUAUUGUUUGUUUUCUUGAAUGAUGGGGGGGGGGAAAAAAGCUGCAAAUUAAAUCAAAGCAACCCGAGGAGUUGUUAGAGCUCAAUGCUGGGCCUCGUGCCUGCCCCUCCCCUGGAACAAGUCAUCUGUAGUUUCGGCAAUAAUGGUAGGACUUCUUCUAGGGCGUAUAUAACCUGUACAUUUUCUGGUGUUCCUCUUGGGUUGGGGGCUGGGGGGGGGGAUUGGCAUUUAAACAUUCUUCAAAGAAGAUCUUUAUAUCUUUAGCCAGCAGGAACAGGAUGAUUGGGGGAAUGUGAUUCUUAAGGAGAAGGUACAAAGGCAAAAGAGUCCUCCCUAGAUCCCCUGCAUGACGAGGUCCUUAUCGCUUCUGUGAAGAAGCAGUGUAUAUACAGCACUUGCACUGAGUCCUGGAGGUGCUGCUUUCUGCUCGGCUGGUAGAGGGGCAGGCUGAGGAGGUGGCACGUUUGGCUCCUUCAGACCAGCAAGGUUUGUUUGAUGGUGAGUCAGAUCUUCAGUAAUCACCUACUGCAGCAUCCACUGAUCGUCUGAUGCCGGAGGGGCUCCAGAAGGGGUAGUUCUCGAUUAGGCGGGUGAUUUGAAUUAGUGUUUCCACGCCACAUCUGUUACCUUAAAACCAAAACAUAUAAAAGUCUUCUUGAAAUCCAACUUUCCAAUGUUUUUAAGAGAUGAAGAGCCUGAGUUUGGUCACCUCUUGUUUACCCUUUUUUAAAGAACAGUUGGAGAGCUAUACAAUUGCUAAUGUAGAGAUGUUGAUAAGUGAAGAACAUGCGGUUUGCUAAAAUAAAAUGAAACUAGAUUCCA